CACAAUUUCCUAUUGUCUUUCAUGUUUACCUUUAUACCUUUAUAAAUUAAAGAUUACAACAUAAAAGAAAAGGAAACCGAAUCCUCGUGCAUCUAUUAGGCUGCAUCGGUGUAUCCCUACAUAAUUGAAUCAAAUACCACUUCACAUCUAAACUCAAGCCUUAAAAGAUGUCUGCAACAAGUGCGUAUUUGGAAGGUCUAAUUGAGGAAUGUGGCGGAUUUUCACGAUUUCAAUGGAUUAUGUUUUCGUUGAUGGUGUAUAGUAAAGUCGCCACUACCUGGAAUAUGCUGAUGAUGACAUUCGCUGGAGCAAUUCCUGAUUGGCAGUGUGGAUUUACAAACUAUUCAAACUCCGGCACUUCCAGACCAAUCGAUUUGAACAAGCUGUAUUAUACAGAAGGGCAGUGUUAUCCUCCACAAAAUGUUACCUUUCGGAAUUGCCAGGAGUAUACAUUUUCCGAUAGUAUGAAUACUAUUGUGAGUGAGUGGACAUUGAUAUGCGACAAAGACUGGAUAGCCUCUACUAUCACCACAAUUCAGAUAGCCGGAAUACUGGCCAGUUGUGUAGCCUCUGGUCACCUCGCAGACCUUAUUGGCCGGAAACCGACUUACUUGCUGUCUUUGGCCUUAAUGAUGGUACUUAACGUUGUCGCUGGAUUUUCGACAUCAUGGAAAAUGUUUGCAGUCCUUCGUUUUCUGUUGGGCUUUUGUCUUGGUGCUAGCAUCACCGUUUUCUUUAAUUACCUGAUAGAGUUUAUACCUGCAAAAAGAAGAUCAGUCACCAUAGCCUUUCCAGCAUGGUCAAUCUGGGCAUGCGUGUUCGGAUUCGUGGCUUGGUGGCAGCAUGAUUGGAGGUACCUCCACUUCUCUACAGCUGUACUUACUCUACCGUGUGUAUGUAUGUGGUGGUUUAUUCCAGAGAGUUUCCGCUACCUCGUCUCCCAUAACCGACUAGAUGAAGCAAAAGGAAUUAUCUGCAAAAUAGCGCGAAUCAAUGGUAAACCGGAACCGGAUAUGAGUGAGAUGAGUUACCUUGUUGAGAUAGACUUGAAAGUCGACGCUGAUCGGAAAUACACGAUUUUGGACGUAGCUAAGUCCCCACAGCUAAGGAAGUACACAUGUCUGCUAGGCAUUGCAUGGAUGUCCUGUGGGUAUGGCUUCUAUGCCAUUUCCUUCGGUGUUCAGAGUCUUUCUGGGAGCCUAUAUCUCAACAUGUUUCUGUUGAGUGUAGUAGAAAUUCCUGCGCAGGCCUCCUCAUUCUACCUCACCAAUAGAUUUGGCAGAAAAUGGGUGACUAUUGUUUUGCUAUUGGCGGCUGGAAUAACCGGUUUUGUUGUGGCAGCUCUACAAAUAUCUGAUUUGGAAAUGAAGAACUCCCUGAUCAAUGGAUUCGCCCUGGCUUCCAAGAUGAGUGUGGGUGUUGGAUGGGGGACGAUGAUCAUUUUGUCGACGGAGUCAUACCCUACUGUAGUUAGGAAUAUUGGAAUUGGAAUGCUGAACUUUUUUGCAAGAGUUGGUGCUUUGAUAGCACCUCAAUUGGUAUACUUGAGCAACCAUCUUCCGGGAGCCAUGUACUUUGUUUUUGGUGGAUUGAUGGUCCUGUCAUCAUUUUGUCUGUACUUUAUUCAAGAAACAAACAAAAAGCCUAUCGAAGAUGGCAUAGCAACAGAGAAGAAAGUGGGAGAAGAAAUGCAGAGUUUUCAAAUCGAAACAAACUUUUGACAUGAUUUAUUUACGUCUAUUAUAUAAUGAAUGUAAUAAAAUCGUAUAAUUUGAGUUGAACAUAUGUCUGGAAAUGUUUCGGAUAUAUUAAAUAGUUAUAUGUA